AUGUUGUAUGACGCGCGGCGAGAUCAGCUGAUCGAAGGCAGUUCUCUGUGGUCUCCAACACAUCUGCAGACUCUGACUCACACAAGUCCUCAUCCGUACAGUCGCGCUAUCAUCACAGAGUCGGACUCCACGCAGGAGAAGACCUUCCGGCUGGAGAUGGACGCGUCUCUGAAGGCCAGCGUCAUGGCCGGCUUCGUGGAGGGGAGCGGAUCCGCCAGAUAUCUGUACGAAAAAAAGUCAUUCAAGAGCCAGAGCCGAGUGACGCUGCACUACAAGGCCACAACACACCUCAAGCAGCUGGGGCUGAGGGCAGAGGACAUGCAGGAGCUCCAGGGCAGAAUCCAGGAGAGGAAGGCUAGAGAGGAGAAAGAGGAGAGAGAGGCCAGAGAGGAGAGAGGGGACAGAGGGGACAUGAUUGACUACCAGAUGCUUGACAUGGCGACACAUGUGGUCACCGCAAUAGAGUACGGCGCCAACACGUUCUUCUUGUUCGACAGUCAGCUGCUGCAGGCCAGUGAGGUCACAGAGUUUACCAUGAAGGUCAGAGUGGUGGUCCACCUUCUCUUCUGGUCCGUGAACUUCAAUUAUGAGACUAGCCUCACUGAGGAACAGAAGUCCAUAGUUAAAAAUCUCACGGUGAAGUUUAACUCUGACUUCCUUCUGGAGAACGUCCCGAGCACGGUCUUAGAGGCCUUAGAGAUGUACAAGCAGCUGACGCAGCUGUUAGGGGAGAAGUGGGAGAACGCGGUCCCAGUGAGGGUCUGGAUGCUGCCACUGGGAGCUGUGGUCAAGUCUGAGCAGACCACCAGAGCCAUCAGAUCUCCUCUCAAGGACAUGAGUGUAGGGUUAGUGUUGGAGGCCGAGAACACUCUGGAGGAGCUGUCCGACGUCCAGCUCAGAUGUAAGGACAGUCUUGCUUCCAGAGCGGUGGGGAAGUUCCCUCAGCUUCAACAUAAGCUGCUCACCUUCCACAAACUCUGUCAACAUUACUGGGCAGAGCUGCAGAGGGAGAUGGCAGAGAUGUGUCCUGCCAUCAGAGAAGGAACCCUAGAUGAGAGCGCUCUGAGAGAAGUGUUUAAGAAAAGAGACAGCUCCGCCUUCAGUCAGGACAAACUCACUCAGUGGCUGCAGGACAAGGAGCGAGAGAUCAAUGUGAUAGACUCCAUCUUAGACAUCUUGGCCCCAGAGCCGCCCCAAGACGAGAAGGUCUUCCUCAAAUCCAAGAGCGACUACCAUAGAGCAAAGAAGGAGGACUCGAAAGGCACAGUGUUGUCCACUCAGUCUGAGGUGGACCAGCUGGUGCUGGCCCCUGGAGAUGAUGUCCGUGUGGGCUACAUCUUCACCAGUGUGCAGAGCUCGGACCCUCAGCUGGAGGAGAUGGAGAAAAACCUUAACAUGCUGAAGAGAAGGGAACAGUAUGAGCCGCAGAGCAGAGAGACAGGGGCAGAAAAGCAGUGGUUCUACAGAGAUGAUGUUUUCACCGACAUGAGGUGCAAGGCUAAAGCUCUGACCCAAACCCCGACCUUUGCGUUUGUCGCAGCAAAACACAACGACAGUGAGAUCGGAGCGAUGCAGGUGAAGUACAGGAAUGGGGUUUUGUUUAGUGAGUAG